UUAAUCCAUCGACAGCGUAUUGUAUUCUUCUCUUACCCUUUAUCGCGAAUUCGUAGUUGAUGGGUGAAUUUCUGGUAUCUGUCGGAUUUUGAUUGAUUAAAAUAAGCUGUAAAAUUCAUGCCAUUGAGAAUGAUAAUUUUUCUGCCCAUUUUUGAAAUUCAACAACAAAAUUGAAUACAUUCCGAUUAAAAUGAAGUAAACGACCCCUUAAUCCUUUUCCUCUUCUCUUCCUGAAUCCAAACGACCGGCAUCGUUUUAUUCGCCGCCGGCGACUUCCUCCAUCUCGCUCCGGCGAUGCCAGUUAUCCACAUUAAUCAACACUGCAGCUUCUUCACUGCCCAUUGUACUAGGAGCCAAAUUCCCAGUUUUGUCCUCUCUCGUCCUAUCUGCUAUUUCCCUCCAAUACCCUCUUCUCUAAAACCCAAAACCCUAUCGUUUUGCAGCUCCCUAUCCCCAUUUCUCCUCUCCAAGAGCUCUGCUUUCUCCCCCUUCAGCACACGACGCCGGCGUUUCGUUUCCGUUACCGCCGCUGCAAAGACCUCUGCCUCCGAUUACUAUUCCGUUCUCAAUGUCGGCAAGAACGCAUCUUUGCAGGAAAUCAAAGCCUCUUACCGGAAACUCGCUCGCCAGUAUCACCCCGAUAUGAACAAGGGUCCUGGGGCUGAAGAUAAGUUCAAAGAGAUAAGUGCUGCAUAUGAGGUACUAUCUGAUGAUGAAAAAAGGUCUUUAUAUGAUCGCUUUGGUGAGGCAGGAUUACAAGGAGAAUAUGGUGGAUAUCGUAAUGGUGUACCAGGGGUAGAUCCUUUUGAAAUGUUCGCCCAAUAUUUUGGUGAAUCAGAUCCUUUUUUCGGAGGAAGUGGUGGGUUAAGAGGUUUCAACUUUAAUUUCAGCAGUGCAGGGCGUCAGGAUCUUGAUAUUAGAUACGACCUUAAUUUGAGCUUUGAAGAGUCUAUAUUUGGAGGAGAACAAAAUAUUGAAAUACCUUGCUUAGAGCCAUGUGAUAGUUGCAACGGGUCAGGGGCAAAGUCCAGCAAUUGUAUAAAAGUAUGCUCUGAUUGUGGAGGAAGAGGAGGAGUGGUGAAAACAGAGAAAACACCAUUUGGAAUUGUGUCUCAGGUAUCUACAUGCUCAAACUGUAGUGGCAAUGGCAAGAUAAUUACUGAUGCUUGUCCCCAAUGUAAUGGUCGUGGUAAAGUAAAAUCAAAGAGGAGGCUGAGAGUGGUUGUUCCACCAGGAGUUAGUGAUGGUGCGUCAAUGCAACUUCGAGGAGAGGGUAACAUAGACAAAACGAGGGGCAUUGCGGGUGACCUCUUUUUGGUCAUCCAUGUUAAGGAAGAGCAUGGAAUUCGGAGAGAUGGUCUGAACUUAUAUUCAAAAGUAGAAGUUGAUUACACAGGAGCCAUUCUGGGGACAGUCACAAAGGUUAAAACUAUGGAGGGCAUUAAAAAUCUGAAAAUCCCUCCUGGAUGUCAACCUGGAGAUACUUUGAAAAUGAAAAAUAUGGGAGUACCAAAUAUGAAUAAGCCUUCUGAGCGAGGAGAUCAUCAUUUUAUUGUCAAUGUUCAAAUCCCUAAGAAUAUCAGUAAUGAAGAGCGUGAUCUUCUUGAAAAGUUGGCUUCACUUAGGGCUGCAUCCACAGAGCAGCCUAUGCCUUUUGAUGGUGAUUCAUACGGAAGUGUUGAACAUCUGUGGAAGUCGGUUAAGAACUUUUUCGGGCAAAAGCAAUCUGGUGAGCGGUUUGCAUCGAUGAGCAUGGAGGCACGACCUGCUUUGUGGAGCCGCACUUUUAGUCCCCCUUCACUCAUGGUAUCGGUUUCUGCCCUUUUAUUCAUGACAUGUAUCAUAGCCUUGGUUAAGAUUGGCCAAUGUACACUUCACAAGAAACCACUGAUAAGACAGAAUGCUCGUUACAAGGAACUAAAAGAUCAAUAAAACUAUAGAAGUAGAUUUUUCUGUGACAACUUUCAUCAAUGCAAUACAUGUUUCUUAAGG